AAUCCAGAAACACCCAUGGCUGCUGAUGGUGCCAGAGGUCCCUUACCCAGAGAGAACAACCAAGGGUGGAGGAUACAGCCGAGAGACUUCCAAAGAAAUUAUUCACCUAGCCAAAAUGGACGGGUGGUGUACCUGCUGUAUGAAAUCAGGUGGAGAGGAGGUUCCAUCUGGAGGAACUGGUGCUCAAACAAUCCUGAACAACACGCUGAAAUCAACUUCUUGGAAAAUCGUUUCAAUGACAGGCCACAAACUGCUUGCUCUAUCAUCUGGUUCCUCUCAACUAGUCCCUGUGGAAGGUGCUCCAAAAGGAUUCUGGAAUUCCUGAGGGCACACCCUAAUGUGACCUUGAGAAUAUAUGCAGCCAAGCUGUUCAGGCCCCAUGAUAUCCGGAACCGACAAGGUCUCCGCAACCUGAAAAUGAAUGGAGUCCCUGUGCGUAUCAUGAAUCCUGAAGAUUACAGUUACUGCUGGAGAAAUUUUGUUGCACACCAACCUGGAGAAGUUCAUUAUCAGCCCCAGAACAUCAGUGUACACUUCUUUCUGAAUAUCAUGGAACUCUUUCAUAUCUUUUUGGGGCUUCCUCCAUUUCUGUGAAACUGAAUGCUAACGAGCAUCAUCACCAUGCUUUCAAGCUCAGUUUGUGCAUCAAUACAAGACCAGAAAUGCCAGACCCUGGCAGUCUUUUCUGCUGCAACCUUGAUAAGUUUCUGGCUGUCACCAAAGAAGACUCUUAUCACUGGCUGGGCAUUGCUAAGUGUUGAACAGAACAGAAGGAGCACAUAAGAAGCCAUCAGGAAGCUCAGAUGAUGCAGCCAGACACCCAGGACACUCCAGCCUUUACAGAGCUUCCUGAGAGUCCAGUGGGGAUGGAGACCAUUCCUCAUAAUCAGGACUUCCACAUCUGCAGAUCCUGCAAUCAGAUUCUGCAAGUGCCCUCUUGAGUGGCCAGCAUGUAACAUUUCUCAUGCUCUGAUCUGUUCCAAAGAAGUAAUCAUGCCAUGCAUCCUUGCUUUCAGAAUUUCUUACAAAGAUUGCUUUUACUGCUACAUGUGUAUGUUUCAGGAAAUAUUUCAUGCUUUUACUCUAUUUAUGCAAUACUGUAAUAACACUUCAUUUUAAGUUUUUUUUAAUGAGUGUAAACGUUUUUUACGACUGCAAAACCAGUGUAAUAAAAGGGAAGAUGUCAACACUG